AAGUCACAGCCUUCGGCAACAGUGCAUACAACUAUGCCAAAAAAGAUCAAUUACUCUCCCAUAUUGUUAAGUACUUGUCAAAUGGAAUUCCGACCAAAUUCUUGUGUUCAUCACACAAGUCAAAGAUUGAACAAUAAUCUAUUAAUAGGACAUAAUUCGGAUAUUUUCAUCGACUUAAAUACGAGUCCACAAUUUUAUUAG